AUGGGCUCGAGGUAUCCCGGCUACGACUACGUCCAAGUCGCGGGAUUGACGCCGAACACGAACUACAGUUUCGCUGUCAAAGAAACACGAGGCUACGAUCCAGCGAAGGGAUUGGAACCGGAUUUGGAACGUGUCGGCGGCCCCCCGAUCAAUGCUGUAGGCAUGAUCUCGACAGCCACGCCACCGAUCUGUGCUUGCUUUCCUCUUUCCACGUCGCUCAU